GUCGAUGAUGCACCAAUGGUCUUACGACGGUUUGACCUUCAAGAGCUCAGCGACCUCUAUUAAUGGACAAUGACAUCGAACCGUUGCUUGGAUCUAAUGUUUGGCGUUUUCUAUUAGCACUAAUGGUGUUACAACCUUUAUUAUUCUGGGAUUCGGUUUAACGAUUUCAUCCCUCUGUGCUGACGGGGUAUGGCAAAAUAUACAAAUAUAUAUAGUGCUUCCAGGUUUUCCAUGGUGGUCUAGCUUCAAUUGACUUAUGAUCUCAACAAUUGAGAUUUACAUACGUUGCGACUGAUUGAAUAAGUAUCUAGUAUCGUCAAGUUGCUCAACAUAUAAUAAAUACCAAACCCUCGGCAUCCAACCUAUUUUAAACGGAUGUGUUCAAAUACAAAUAUGUAUAGUUAACCAUUCAUUUUAUUGGCAAUAUGAUUCUGCGCCCAGUUUCGGAGUUUUCCCCAACGCAUUAUAAGAUCCUAAGGAAAUAUUGGGGAAAACCCAAAACUUUGGAGAUUCUCCCCAGACCUGUAAAAAAUUUGGUGGUUUUGUGCCAUUCCCCUAAAGUUUUCUAUUUUGGCUCACCCAGAAUGUACCAAAAACGGACAUUUCCCUCGAAAUAGGUAGACUGGGUGCUCAGAAAUUCUCACAAUGUAUAAUUUCAGCACUACUGAUUUUAGUGUACUAAAUAAAACAUUUGGUAAAUCAUGUGCUUUACUAAAAGAAAAACACGGAUUCAUAAGUUCUGUUUAGUGAUUAUACACACCUUUUCAGGUACAUCUAAGUUCCUAUGAAUCCUGUUCGCAUCUGUUCAUGGAAUAUAAAUGGGUUGCGCUCUAUUCAACAUCCGUUGAAAACUACUUUAGAUUCUCUUAAAUCUGAUAUAAUUUGUAUUCAGGAGACUAAAACCACACCUGACAUAAGUAGGGAAUUCGCACUUGCGGAUAAUUACAAUGGUUAUUUUAGUCAUAGUAUACACAAGACAGGAUAUUCAGGUACUGCGGUUUUUUGUCGUAAUCCUCUCAAGCCAACUAAAACAUUUCAUAACUUAAAUGAUAUACUUGUCGAAUCCAUUUCCUGCCGAAAUAAUUCAACGGAUGGAUGGAGUUUUCUCAAAACGAAACUAAAUAUCACUCAUACUGAAGCUCGUAACUUGGAUGCAGAAGGAAGAGUACUGGGUCUCCAGUUUUCUACUGAUAUAUUUACCCCCUUUCGAAUUCCAGACGAAAAGCGACCGCUGAUUGUGUUGUCCAUAUAUUUUCCCAGGUUAAAUCCAGAAAACGUUGAACGUUUGAAUUACAAACAUCUUUUCCAGUCUGCUGUACAACUUUGCAUUGAAUCACUUCUAGUAGAAAACAACGUAGUUAUUGCUGGGGACUUUAAUAUUUGUCACAAAAUGAUCGAUCAUUGUGCUCCAGACGAAUUUAUUAUGGAUGAGUCUUCAAAAUCUUUUCGCCAGUGGUUUGAUCGGUUGUUGAUUGAAGAACAGCAAGAUCUAAGUCUUAAUACUCAAAUCAGUGUUGGUUUAAGAAGAUUCGUGGAUAUCUUCAGGCUACUCCAUCCUCGUCGAGAAAAUGCUUUUACAUGUUGGUCGUCGCGUACGAAUGCUCGUCAAACAAAUUAUGGAGUCAGACUGGAUUAUAUUUUAUUCGACAUGAAACUUGUGGAGAUUAUCACCACCAUAUCAGAUAACAGUAUACAAGCAGACUUGAUGUCACAUAUAAAUGGAUCUGAUCAUUGCCCAAUAUAUGCAGAUCUACCAUAUUUUUACAAUUCAGAUUUGAUUUUUUCCUAUUCAUUUCCACCUAAAUGCUCUCAUUACUGGCCCCAAUGUCAGAGAAAGCAAAUGGACUUAGAGAGCUUCGUAAUGUCAAAGAGUCAUUCCAAAGUAACUAAACAAGCUUUUACUUCUCAUGACACACAAGCUUCCGUAUCCUGUGUAAGAAAUUCGCAUUCCAAAGAGAAACGUCUCGCUUUCAGGCAAACGAAAAUCACCUUCAGGGAGUCUAUACCAAUAGAGACGGCUACACGUAUACAUGAUCAAUUUUCAAGUAAAGAGAAUACGACUGAAACUCUCCAAAGAAAAAAUUACGACCCAUCUCAAACAGCUCAGUCAACUGAAGCAUGGCGAAAUCUUUUUUCAGGGCCGAAGAAACCUCCUGUAUGCCUUGGCCACAAAGAACCUUGCGUCAUGAGGACUGUGAAAAAUUUAAAAGCAACUAAAGGUAGUCGAGUCGGCAGGCGGUUUUGGGUUUGUGCACGCCCUCAAGGCGCUUCAGACAAUCCAGCUGCCCGGUGUAGCACAUUUUUUUGGGAUGACCAAAUACCAAAAAAUAAGUUACUCUAGUAGCAGUUUUGUAUUAAGAGUUAAAAUCAAUUUUAGAUUAUGUAAAAAGAGAUAAAAGAUAAUAUCACAUUUCGGUUGUUUGUGUCUUAGAAGUUGGCGAAUUAAGAAAUUGUUUAUCAGCUA